AUUGGAAGUGGUUUUGAUUUCCCAAACCGCCCCUAAUCUUUAGUGGAAUAUAUAUAUUUUUAAUUUCCCCUAAUAUUUGGUAGUUGGUAUUUGCGGUAAAUAUCCCAAAUCAAAUCAUACAUUAAGUAUGAUUUCGUAUUCUGGUACGGUAGAGCCUAGAGAAUUUAGAAACGGGAGAGAUCGGAGCAUUUCCGUUUGAACAGCGCCGCCUAACCCAGUAACGAUAACGAACAAUUGUUGGUAACUCAGGCCGCAACCUUUGGAAUCCAACACAGCAAACACACGGUGGUCGACUGGUCGGCUGCGACUGCGAGUCAUUAAGCCGCGGAAAGCGUUGUUCAGGGUUUGGUGGGAAUGGUUAAAACCAAGCACCAAAAGUUCAACUCUAAGCGACACCCACAAGUCAGGAAUAAUUAGAUGAAUGCAUCUUGUUCUUGUUGAGAAUCAUAUAUGACUAGUAACUGCCCGAGGAUACAGCUGGGGAGAUGUCAUAUUUUCUUGGUGGUUUCAUGUGUACCUCUUCCUUCAAUCAAUGGCCCUUGCAGAUCAGUUAGAUGGCGAUCAAGAGGAACAUGGAAAGUAUCGGAAGAUGGUUGUUCAAUAUAUUUUGAAGAACCGUGAAAUGUUUGAGCCAUUUAUUGAGGAUGAUGUCCCAUUUGAUGAAUAUUGUGAUUCCAUGGAAAAGGAUGGUACCUGGGCAGGACAUCUAGAACUGCAGGCUGCUUCUCUUGUUACUCAUUGUAAUAUAUGCAUUCACCGGAUGUCAUCACCUCGAUGGUACAUACGAAAUUUUGAGGAUCGAGAAGCUCGUAUGGUUCACUUAUCUUAUCAUGACGAGGAACAUUAUAAUAGUGUGCGGUCGAAGGAAGACACAUGUGCUGGCCCAGCCAGGUUAAUCAUAAUCAAAGGUGAUACUGUUCCUUCAGCAAGCUCACUUCAAAGAAAAGUUCUCUCUAAUUCUCAAAAGAGAGGUGAAAGUGCUACUAGUCCUGGAAAUGUUAAAUUAGUUAUGGCAGGUAGUGGUUGUCAAGAUUCUAAAAAAGUUGAAAAGGUUUUGGUCCAAGUUGAUGGUGAUGUUGAUGCUGCAGUAGAGUUUCUGGUGGCAGAACAAGCAGCAAAAGAACACGAAGAGCCAACUGAAUCGACUUCGUGUCAUAUGGAUUCUUCUUUUGGUAUUGAUGAAACAAAAGAUUAUGAGCAAUUGGAAGAGCAAAGAGAAGAGAAGCAUGACAAAGUUGAUUCUUCUAGUCACAACACUAAACAUUCUAACUGCAGCAGUUUUCAAUCCAAUGACAAGAGGAUCCCAAGGAAUAAAGUCUGCCCAUGUGGCUCAAAAAAGAAACAUAAAGCUUGCUGUGGAUCACUUGCUGCCAGUUCGUCUGGAAUAAAACUAUUGACUCCAAGAAGACUAGAAAGGAAAGGAAAGCGGGCAAGAAAGGUGGACCUGCUAAAGUUGAAGUGUCCUCCGGAUCUGAUGGAUUGCCACAUGACUUGGGAGCUCUUUGCAUUUGAUCUUCAUCUGGCCGAGGCAUUUUUGCCGCAGCUUAAAGAGAGUUUGGAAUCACAGGGCUUCCCUUCAUUAUGUUUAAAAUAGCUGUUUUUACAUAAUCAAAAUUUGCAUCAUACUGAUGUCUUCAAGUUGGGGAUAUAUGAUGGUGUAAUCUAUCACUGAUUGGUUGUGGUAUUUUCCUUCUACAAUGAGCCAGUGGUUACUGGGAAAAUGAAGAAUGAUGGCUUCCCCUUUGUACGUCUAUGGAAGGCUGGAUGUUUGCUGAAGCCAACUGGACUUGAAGUAUAGAAGCAGUAGCUCACAAAAAUGAAUGUGUGCUGCCAAUCCUUGCCAAAGUUCAAAUUCACCCACCUCCAGGAAUUAAUGUUGCAAUCGUAACCACAGUACAUUUGAAAUUAUAGUAUGGUUAAUCUGCCAAUCAACCCACGAUCAAUAUCUUCAGUUAAUAGUAUCGUGAAAUGGAACAAGUGAAAUUUCGCACCCACUACAUACACAAAACAUUGAUUUCAAGUUUUCCUGUAUUCAUGGAAGUGGCAGAUUUGAGAAAAUGCAAAAAAUUAUUAUAUCAAUCAAGAAAAGAUUGAUGAGAUUUAUAUGCUUUCACUUGUGUCUUGGACUAUUAAGGAAAGCUAGCAUUUCGAAA